AUGGCGGAAACAGGAUUCUCAGAUAAGGAAAUCAUUCUUCUCGAUGGAGGACUUGGGACGCAUUUGCGAGCCCUAGGAGCAGAGUUCAAGGGCGAUCCGCUCUGGGCAAGCAGAGCCGUUAUCUCGUCGCCGGAACUCGUUCGUCGCGCACAUUUUGACUUUUUCAAGGCCGGCGCGGACGUCGCGAUAACUGCAACCUAUCAGGCGUCUCUCUCGGGCUUUGCUCACAUGGGCCUGCCACCGAGUAAAGCGGCGGAGUACGUUCAGCUGGCUAUCAUCCUCGCGGACGAAGCUCGACAGCUGGUCGCGAGCGGCGCGCUGCCCGCCGGCAGCGUAGACGAGGAGAAGGAGAACCUGGCACACAGCGGCCCCGAGGGAAGGUCCACGAGCUGCGCAGGCGCGUGCGAGCUGUGCGAAGCGGAGAGCGACCGCUUCAGCGAUGAACGCGUCUCAGAGCAGAAACUGCGGAAGCGCAAGGUCAUUGUGAGCAACGGCUCGUACGGCGCGUCUCUUGGCGGCGGCGCAGAGUACCGGGGCAACUACGGCGUUUCAGAGGCCGCCCUCAAAGACUACCACCGAUGGAGGUUGCAAGCUGCCAUGCAGGUGGAGCAUCUCAUCGGCGGAGUGGUCUUCGAGACCGUACCGGAGAGUUGUGAGGCGAAGGCGAUUGUGUCGCUCCUUCGAGAGUUUCCAGCGUUUCGCGGCCGGUCUUGGCUUGCGUUCACAUGCAAGUCGGGAACAGAGUUGGCCAGCGGCGAGGAUUUCCGGUCCGUUGUGGCGGAUGUUCUGCGGGAGGAUGCGCCGCACAGCUCGAUUUCCGGCAUAGGGGUGAACUGCUCGCCGACAUCUGCGACGAUCCCGCUGCUGUGCACGCCUCCGCUGCUCGACGCCGUGGCGCCGGCGCUGGAGAAGACCCGAGAUCCGCGGAGUUGCCACGUGCUGUGUUACCCCAACAACGAACCCAGGCACCACCACGAGGGCGAGACCGCGGCAGGCAUCCAAGAUCUGGUGGAGCGCUCGCCGUGCUUGUGCGCUGCGGCGGCGAAGCCCUGCGACGGCCAGACACACAGCCUGGGGCCGACCUCACGGUGCCCGCAUCACCUCGCGGAGACUGUGCACCACCCGCUAGCCCGCAGAGUCCCGGCGUGGCUUGAAGGAGGAGUCACGGCCGUCGGCGGCUGCUGCGGCACUAGCCCUGAGGACUUAAGGGCGAUUCAUGCCGUUCUCCAGAGGCUGGGGGCGCGGUGA